AUGAUGUUGUCAGAAUUUGAAAUUAACUUUGUCCCGCAAAGAGCAAUAAAAGGACAAGCUUUGGCUGACUUUUUGGUAGCACACCCAAUUCCAGAUGAUAUGGAGUUGCGAGAAGAUCUUCCUGACAAAGAAGUCUUCACAGUUGAUACUUCAUCAUGGCAAUUAUAUUUUGAUGGGGCAGCAAGAAGUAGUGGGGCAGGUGCUGGAAUUGUCUUUGUGACACCAUCGGGAGGCCUGAUACGUUAUUCUUUCCAUAUUCUAUCUAUAUGCACCAAUAAUGUAGCAGAAUAUGAAGCAUUAGUUAUCGGUCUUGAAGUGGCACUCGAAAUGAAAGUACAAUCAUUGGAGGUAUUUGGCGAUUCUCUUUUGGUUAUUAAACAGAUGAGUGGUGAAUUUGGGGUCAAGCAUGAGAAUUUAGUCCCUUAUCAUGAAAAGGCUAAAUAUUUGCUUGGCCAAUUUCAAGAUAUAACUCUAAAUCGCAUCCCCAGAUCAAAAAAUGGUAAAGCUGAUGCAUUGGCUAAUUUAGCUGCAUCACUAACACUUCCUGAAGAAAGGGAUAUUCAAAUUACCAUAGGGGAACGCCAUGUAUUAUCCCAAUCUACGGAAAGAGUUGAAGAAGAAAAUACAAUCAACUUGAUAACUUUCCUGGAUAGUGCAAAUGAAAAUGACUGGCGUCAGCCAAUCAAAGACUACAUCCAAAAAAGAGUCUUGCUAGAAGACUUGAAGAAAAGAGUGGAUGUAAGAAGAAGAGCGCCUCAAUUUGUGGUCUUUAAUGACACAUUGUACAAGCGUUCAUUCGAUGGGAUAUUAUUGAGAUGCCUCUCGGUAGAAGAAGCAACACAUGCACUUCAAGAGACUCAUGCCGAUGCAAUUAAUUUUGCUAAAUGUUGUAAGUCAUGCCAAUUACAUGGAGAUUUCAUCCACCAACCCCCUCAACCACUCCGUCCUUCUAUAGUGUCAUGGCCUUUCGAAACAUGGGGAAUGGACGUCAUUGGUCCUUUUACGCCACCCUCUUCCAAAGCCCAUAAAUAUAUUUUGGCCAUCACAGAUUACUUCUCUAAAUGGGCCGAAGCCGUACCACUAAAAGAAGUACGGGCAGAAGAUGUCGCUGAUUUUAUAAGGACCCACGUAAUUUAUCGAUACGGGGUUCCUUCAAAAAUUAUCUCCGACACUGCCCUUUAUUUCAAAUGUAAGGCAAUGGUCAAGUUGAUGAACAAGUACAAAUUCAAGCACAGUUUCUCGGCUAGUUACAACCCGUCUUGA